GUUCAGCUUAUACAGCCGGAAGUGUACACACGGUGGGGAGAGAAGGCUAAUUAAUAUUUCUUGUUUUGUAGCCUAGCAUCUCACUUUAUCGUAAAUAUCUUUUUCUAAUAUGUAAGCGUAUUUGUGGAAGGUAUCUGUCGGCACAAGCUCAGUGUGUGAUGUCAGGGAAACAUAUUAACCUCACCGGUGGACGUCAUACAGCAUCGAGUAUUCUCCGGAAGUAGGCUCACGAAUGUCCCUAACACUGACAGCCAUGAGUGACAGCACAGUGACCAGCGGCCGGCAGCAGUGGUCAGGGUCCGGGCAGACGCUGCAGCCUCCCAGGGGGCCUUUUAUCUCAGUCAUCACCAACAGGACCACCAACCUGUUGAUCCGCGGAGCCAUGCUGUUCUCUGUGGGCGUGUUCCUGGCUCUGGUGCUUAACCUUCUUCAGGUGCAGAGAAACGUCACCCUCUUCCCCCCGGAUGUCAUCAGCAGUAUCUUCUCCUCAGCGUGGUGGGUGCCGCCCUGCUGUGGCACAGCCUCAGCGAUGAUCGGGCUGCUGUACCCCUGCAUCGACAGCUGUCUGGGUGAACCUCACAAGUUUAAGCGGGAGUGGUCCAGUGUGAUGCGCUGUGUUGCCGUGUUUGUCGGGAUCAACCACGCCAGUGCUAAAGUGGACUUUGCCAACAACGUUCAGCUGUCUCUGACUCUGGCGGCGCUCUCCAUCGGCCUGUGGUGGACGUUCGAUCGCUCUCGCAGUGGCUUCAGCCUCGGGGUCACCAUCGCCCUGCUGGCAACGCUGGCUACACAGCUCCUGGUUUACAACGGAGUCUUCCAGUAUACGUCUCCAGACUUUCUGUAUAUCCGCUCCUGGUUACCUUGCAUCUUCUUUGCUGGGGUGAUAACUAUGGGCAACAUCGGGCGGCAGCUAGCCUUGUAUGAAUAUAAAUUCAUUCAGGAGAAGUCGCAUCAGGACUGAGGGACGUGUCGGCUCCGCUCUGCUUAUGAGGACUUUGCAUCGACCUGAAGCCAGACGCAGGUAAUCACAGGUAACACAGCGGGACCUGCUGACCCUGGAUGAGCAAACAGGAGGUAACGAGCUCCUUACUGACUGAUUGGUGCUUUCUGCCGGACGACACAGUAUUUUCGAUCCUUUUUUUUUUUGGAGAGCGGCGGUUGAACAAAGCGAGCAGAGUUUGUCAUGUUUUUUUUUUUUUUUGUUCAUCGCUGCUUCUUUAUCUAUGCUCACCUGGAGAAAAGGGAUUAGCGGCGGAGCGUCUAUCGUUCUGCGGAUCAGCUCGGAUGUUUGAAACCUUUGGCUCCAUCAUGCCAAACACAGACACACGGGGGGGAUCAGUUUGAAAGUCUGCUCUUAUCUCCGGAUUCUUUUACGUAUCAGCAGAGAACACGCAGUCGGAGAACUUAAACCUAGACUGAUAUGCAUCUAUAUAGCAGACCUUUUAUUCUACAUUAUUAGCUUCUAUAUCUACAGUUGGAUUUAUUCUUGAUAAAAGGAAUGAUGAUGUGACUGUACACCUGUCUGUGAGGACUCAGUGUUCACCUGCAGGUACAGUAUCAUCGGAUCCACAGGAGGAAAGACGAGCGCUUUCACAUGAAGUACUUUUGUUUGAACGAACGUUUACUGUUGAAUUUAUCGAUGCAGCUUGUAGAGUAAAGAUGGAGGGUCACAAAAACAUCAGGAUUUAUACAGCUUUUUAAAGCUAGUUUCUUUCUAAACAUCUUAUUUCCUUCAAAGAUCCAGAGAAAAGGUGCUCAAUGAGUCCGACAGGAGAUGGACAUUAAAUACCGUAUUAAAGAAAUUGAGUCUCUGGUCUCAGAUUGAA